GCAAACUUUUUCUUGCCUUCAUCCCAGCAGCACAAGAGAGGCAGGAGCGCUGGCGAGCAGCGGACUUUAGCUUCUUCUCGACAAUGGGCAGCUGCUAGACGGGAGGGAACAACAGCAGCAGCGGCAGCAGCAGCAGCGGCUCACUCCCCUCCUCGCUCCAGCGGAUCUCGGCUGGACCAUGAAGCGUUGUCGGCUGUGGGUGGCCUUGUGCCUCCUCCUCAACGCCUCCUGUCGCUUCACCUCGGCCGCCCGACACGGUUGCUUAUUUGAGAAGAGGCUUUGCCCCACAGAUCAGCUGUGCACUGACGAUGGUUUGUUCGGACAGUGCUGGGCUCCCCACCACGAUCCGGUCCAGUACCUGGUCUCCGUACCCGCUCUGCAUAAGCUGCAGGAGGUUCUUAAAGACCUGAUGUCACAAGGCAUGACCUGGUGGGAUGACGUUACCCAGGCGACAAUCGGGCGAGAGUUGAGCCAAAUCCCCUCCGUGAGGUCCUCACGGCUUCACCAGCGCAGACAGUUGCUCGGUCAGCGGAGGGUUCCGAGACCCGAGGAGGAGGAUGACCCUCAAAUGAUGCAAGAGUACCUAGAUUACCUGACACUUGACCCCUCCUCGUCCUCCAUGCACGGGCAGAUGCCCCUGCUGGAUUCGUACAUUUACCAACAGGAUGAGGCUGAACGUUCCCUCAACUCCCUGGAAGAUCAUCCAACUUCUCCGUUCCAACGCUACUCACCUCCCCGCUCCAGAGGAAAGUCUCUGGAUAGAGAUGAGCAACUUCUCCAGAACUUGGUGUCCUAUUACCUCGCCUCUCCACCCUCCUCCGCUGUCCAGGCUGCUUCCCGCCACAGGGGGGCGCCUGCAAACUCCUUAGCAUUAGCAUCCUCCUUCCCGGGGCUGGAUUUCCCGCCCGACUAUGACCAAGAUUACGUUUCUCAAAUUGGAGGUCUCAACCGGGAGCCGCAGAGCAAGAUGGUGCCCAAGUAUGACCCUUUGGCGGGAUUAGAUGCUCGCUCUGUUCAGCGUCUGGAGAAGCUGCUGAACCGCUACGGGCUGGACGUCCAAGAUUUGUCCCCCGAGCAGAGAGACAAACUGCCGGGUCUGCUCAAGCAGCUUCAGAUGGAGAGCUCCUUCGGCCACAAAGCAGCCAAAGAAAAUGAUGGAAACAAUAUCGGCACAGGGAAGAAGAUUAAGGAGUACAAAAUGGCUGCCCCUGAUGUUCUUCCAAUUGUGAAGUCCUCCAAACCGAUGGAGGUCCAACAGGAUACCCGCGUUGCAGUGGCGGCCAAACCGGGAAAGAACAAACCGGAAGCUGCCUUAAAUCCAGUGAUCACCUACGGGAGCAACCCAAACGUGAAGAACCUGUCGGAGAAAGAAGAUAAGAGCGUCCUGCAGCCUGAAACAAGCCAGAAGAUUCUGCAGAACACCGACGGCCAGCAAGUGAAGACUCAUGGCAAAGUGUUGCCCCUGGCGACGCGUGUCCAACCCGGGUCUCGCUGGCUUUCCUCCACCCUGGUGGCGUUCGCCUGCAUCGGCGGCAUCCUGGCGGCGGCCUUAAGCGUCACCUGCCUGCGUCGCCACGCCCAGCGACUGGCGGCGAAGAAGCUGGGCCUCGGGGCUGAGGGCGGAAGCUUCAGCCACCAGGAGUAUCAGGUGGGGAAGCCCCGAAAAAAGGACCUGUGUCGCCAGCAUAUGGCGUCCAAAGGUGCCUUCGGACGUUUGGAAGCCGCCGCCAUGGGCGCCGUGGCGGGGCCGAGCGGCGGCGGUCGAGGGGCGGGAGCCGUCGGAGGCGCCGACUCAAGAGUGAGCAGCGUGUCGUCCCAGUUCAGCGACGGAGCCCAGCCCAGUCCCAGCUCCCACAGCAGCACGCCCUCCUGGUGCGAGGAACCCGCCCAGGCCAACAUGGACAUCUCCACCGGUCACAUGAUUCUGGCAUACAUGGAAGACCACCUGAGGAACAAAGACCGUCUGUUGAAGGAGUGGGAGGCUUUGUGUUCCUACCAGGCGGAUCCCAGCAGCGUUGCUGUGGCGCAGAGCAAGACCAACAUUAAGAAGAACCGCUUCAGCCACUCGCUGCCCUACGAUCAUGCCAGGGUGAAGCUGAAACCGGAGAUCAACCCUUCUCGCUCCGACUACAUCAACGCCAGCACCAUCAUUGAUCAUGACCCUCGGAUGCCGGCCUAUAUCGCCACCCAGGGCCCUCUGUCCCAUACCAUCUCGGACUUCUGGCAGAUGGUGUGGGAGACGGGCUGCACGGUGAUCGUCAUGAUGACAGCUCUGGUGGAGGAGGGAGAGAAACAAUGUGACCGCUACUGGCCGGACGAAGGCUCCUCGCUCUACCAUAUCUAUGAGGUCAACCUGGUGUCCGAGCACAUCUGGUGCAACGACUUCCUGGUGCGAAGCUUCUACCUGAAGAACGUUCAGACGCAGGAGACCCGAACCCUGACUCAGUUCCAUUUCCUUAGCUGGCCGGCUCAUGGAAUUCCUGCCUCCACGCGCCCUCUACUGGACUUUCGCAGGAAGGUCAACAAAUGCUACCGGGGACGCUCGUGCCCGAUCAUCAUCCACUGCAGCAACGGAACAGGCCGGACUGGUACUUACAUCCUGAUCGACAUGGUUUUAAAUCGCAUGGCUAAAGGCGUGAAGGAAAUUGACAUCGCUGCGACGCUGGAGCACAUUCGUGACCAGAGGCCUGGGAUGGUUCGUACUAAGGACCAAUUUGAAUUUGCCCUGACUGCCGUAGCCGAGGAAGUGAACGCCAUCCUUAAAGUUCUGCCUCAGUAAAGCGACACCAGACUUCUGUGUGACCUCCUUUUCGCUCUUGACUACCUUUUGCCUUGAAAUUAACAGUGAUGUUACACCAUCAAAAAUAAUCAAUGGAACCUUUCGGAUGGAUUUGGACAGGUGCACAGCUAUAACUAACAUUUAAAUAUUGCGUAAGGAAUCUCAUUAAAAACGACCUUUACAUUUUCAGAUGCGAUUUACUCGUGUCGACUUUUUAGAAUGACACCACAAGUUAAAAUUCAGGUGUCACCUGUACCUGCACAAAUCCAACCUGAAGGUGGUGUGACGAUUUUCUCGUGGGAGCCUUUCAGCUUGUUCUCGUAUGGUUGGAAAUUUUGCUGUUUCAUACAUCAAGUUUAUGUCUCAGGAAGUUGGACACAGAGAUGUUUGGGAAAAAUUGAACACCAUUGUACGGUUUACUAAUAUUGGUCAAAUAUAAUAUAUUGGUCUGUGAUUAUUGUCAUCCUGCUGGAAGUAGACUUGCCAUCUAUGAUACCUUCAGAAAACGUGUUCGUGUCCGUGUACCAUUGAACUGGUUGUAUUGUCGUAUACCUCACGCAUUUUAGAAAAUGGAAAAAAAAGAAAUUCUAUUCUAUGAGGAAAUUAUUUUCUAAUUGUGAAAUUAUAAAUAAAUAUUUUCGUGUGUAAGUGCUGCAA